AUGCAAGUCAAAAACAAGGCCAAGCUAAAGGACAAAAAUGUUGCGGUUACCCUAGUGCCUGAAGAUUCCGAGGAUUUGUGGUACUUGUACAACCUCAUCAAGAAAGGCGACACGGUCCAGUUGCUUACCCACCGAAAUGUAAAAAAAGGUAAUCAGAACCAAAUCACGAAGGGGAAGCUGAAGAUGGAGAAAAUACUAGUGAAAUUGAGGUUAUUGGUGGAAGAUAUUGAUUAUAUUGCUAGUGAUUUGGUAAUGAGAGUCAAUGGUAAAUCUUUACUACAACAGGAGUACGUGCCGUUGAACAGUUAUCACACAGCUGAGAUUGAGUUGAAUAAAGAGGUUAGCAUUGUUAAGUCAAGUUGGGAUGAGUACGAUAUGGCAUUGCUAGAUGAUUUAUGUUCCAUUGAAAAGAAAGCUGAUAUAGGAGCUGUGGUAUUUCAAGAGGGAGUUGCCCACUUAUGCUAUGUAACCGAUCAAAUGACAGUUUUACAGUCGAAAAUUGAAAAGUCCAUCCCGAGAAAGAAUAAAGAUUAUGGAACUCGAGAUCUAGAUAAAGCUAUGAAUUCAUUCUACAGUAUGAUUAUUCAAGGAAUAAUUCGUCAUUUUGAUUUUAACAGACUAAAGGUUAUUAUCCUAGCAUCACCAGGAUUCUUAGCAAAGACAUUAUACGAACGAUUAAUACAGGAAUGUGUGAACAUGCAAAAUUCAUCCACCAAAGAAUCCAGGAUCUGUCAACUGAUCUUGGAUAACAAGAGCAAGAUAUUAGUGACUCAUUCGUCUACUGGAUACUUACAAGGUUUGGAAGAAGUUUUGGCGGAUCCUCAACUGCAAAAGAAACUAUCGGAUACAAAGUUCCUCGAAGAGUCACAAGCAUUACUGCGUUUUCAAAGAGCGUUGAAUGACGAUGAUGGAAGAGCAUGGUAUGGGUUGGAGGAAAUUACAAAAGCAUUAAAUUUGGAUGCCAUUCGAUACUUGAUGGUCUCAGAUGAGUUAUUCCGCAGUGACGAUAUAGAAACUAGAAGACAGUACAUUGAUUUAACAGAGCAAGCCAAACGAAUGGGGGCCAAAGUGUACAUAUUUUCAAGUUUGCAUGAACUGGGAAUUCAAUUGAAUCAAUUGACUGGGGUAGCUGCACUACUCAAGUAUCCUAUUCCCGACUUGGACGAUUCUGAUGAGGAGUGA